UCAUCAACAAUUAACUAUAUUAACUGAACUCCUGCACCUUGUUCAACUUACUGUUUCUGAUCUUUGGAUUUUUAUUUUGUUGCUCUGUUGUUCUUAUGUUUUUCUUCUGAAAUCUUCAGUACCAACUUCUUGCAUGGCCAAUAUUCUAGGCCCUUCUUUAAGCAUAGUCACGGCCUAUGCAUCAAGAAAUGAGCCACUUUUUUUCUCUAAAUUCACUGCAGUAGGAGAAAACUCUCAUUCACCACUAUGGUUUUCUUGCACUCGCCCUAGAAAAUCUGCAAGAAACCAUUUUCAGCUCAAAUCCUCAAAUGGGCUUCCACUGAAUGCUGUUUCUUCAAAUGAUGGUUUAGCUGGAACUUCAUUGGCUAAGGAAGAUAGCAAGCUCCAACCACUUGAUGGAGUAUUUCCAUUGUCAGACUCAGAAUGUGCAGGAUCCAAUCUUAGUAUAACUGUUGUUGGAGCUUCUGGAGACCUUGCCAAAAAGAAGAUUUUUCCAGCACUGUUUGCACUCUUUUAUGAAGAUUGGCUACCUGAGAAUUUUAUUGUUUUUGGAUUUGCUCGGACUAAAAUGACCAAUGAAGAACUAAGGAACAUGAUUAGCAAAACCUUAACAUGCAGAAUUGACAAAAGGGAAAAUUGCGAAGAUAAAAUGGAUCAGUUCUUAAAAAGAUGUUUUUACCAUUCUGGUCAAUAUAGUUCUGAGGAGCACUUUUCAGAAUUGGAUAUCAAGCUCAAAGAGAAAGAGGGUGGAAAAUUAUCAAACAGAUUGUUUUAUUUGUCAAUACCUCCAAACAUAUUUGUGGAUGUGGUGAGAUGCGCUAGCCAAAAGGCUUCUUCCAAAGAUGGAUGGACAAGGGUUAUUGUUGAAAAGCCAUUUGGUCGUGACUCUGAAUCAUCUAGUGAGCUAACAAAAUGCUUGAAGCAGUACCUCACUGAAGACCAAAUAUUCAGGAUUGACCAUUACUUGGGCAAGGAGCUUGUGGAGAAUCUAUCAGUGCUUCGCUUUUCAAAUCUUGUUUUUGAGCCUCUAUGGUCCCGGAAUUACAUUCGCAAUGUGCAGAUAAUAUUUUCUGAAGAUUUUGGAACUGAAGGAAGAGGAGGCUAUUUUGAUCACUAUGGAAUCAUUCGUGAUAUAAUGCAAAAUCAUCUUCUGCAAAUACUAGCUUUGUUUGCAAUGGAAACACCAGUCAGCUUAGCUGCUGAGGACAUCAGAAAUGAAAAGGUGAAGGUUCUGAGAUCAAUGAGACCACUGCAGCUUGAAAAUGUUGUUGUUGGUCAAUACAAGGGCCACAACAAGGGUGGAAAAUCAUAUCCUGCUUAUACGGAUGAUCCAACUGUUCCAAAGGGUAGUCUUACUCCAACGUUUGCAGCAGCAGCUCUUUUUAUAGACAAUGCCAGAUGGGAUGGGGUUCCUUUUCUCAUGAAAGCUGGCAAGGCUCUCCAUACUAAGCGUGCAGAAAUCAGAGUACAAUUCAGACAUGUCCCAGGUAACUUGUACAAGAGGAAUUUUGGAACUGAUCUAGACAAGGCUACAAAUGAGCUUGUGCUUCGUGUACAGCCUGAUGAAGCUAUAUAUUUGAAAAUCAACAAUAAAGUACCAGGUCUGGGAAUGAGAUUAGACAGAAGUGACCUGAAUUUGCUUUUCCGAGCAAGGUAUCCAAGUGAAAUACCAGAUGCAUAUGAGAGGUUACUCCUAGAUGCCAUUGAAGGAGAGCGAAGGCUGUUCAUUAGAAGUGAUGAGCUUGAUGCAGCUUGGGCUCUGUUCACUCCUUUGCUUAAAGAACUUGAAAACAAGAAGAUUGCUCCAGAGCUCUACCCCUAUGGUAGUAGAGGACCGGUUGGAGCACAUUACCUUGCUGCAAGGCACAAUGUUAGAUGGGGAGAUCUUGGUAAUGAAGACUAAUAAAUGGCAGAGCUCUCCUAUGAUCAACAACAUUCAUUAUUAGUUUCUUUCUCAUCACAUUAUCGGACAGCUACACGCUUGUCUCACUGAUGAACUUGUAUAGUUACAUCAAGUUCAUACAAAAACCAAAUUCCCCUAAUGUAGUCUAGGGAAAGACUCGGGUGUCAAAUCCAAAGAGAUGGGAUGAAAUUUUAAAUGAAUUGUUUGUAUA